AUGACUAGAUUAGAUCUCACCGACUCAUACUUGCACGAGCAGAGAUACCUAGCGGAAUCACAAAGCAUUCACAGGAGGAAGUCUGUCCCAGAUAUUUUCGAAUCGAGUCUUCGCAAAAAAACGUCUCCUCCAUCGACCUCCUCAUCCACACAAGUCAUGUCGUCACCUCAGAGAGAGGCCUUCAGUGCCCCUUCGUCGAUCGCUGCUGCUGCCCAUGGUCACAUCACCAGCAAGUCUUUGGGUGUCAAGUACAACUGUGCUCAGUGCGGUGCCUCUUUUUCUUUGGGCAAGAGCGAUGCCAUCAGAUGUAAGGAGUGUGGCCACAGAGUCAUUUACAAGGCCAGAACCAGAAGAAUGGUUCAGUUCGAGGCCCGCUAG